AUGUCGAAGGCUCCGGAACCGCCUCGCCGUGUUUUCAUGGAGCAUGGCCGUGAAUAUGGCUACUACGACUACCUGUUCCCUUGCGACCAGCUUGAGGAGGAUAAGCUCGAUAUCUUCCACCACGCGAUCCUCGAAGCCCAGCAGAACAAGCUGUAUAAAGCUCCUGUCUACUUCAGACAUAGAUCCGAACCAUUGCCGUCAAGCAAAGAUGGCGAGGCUAAGACGUUUCCGAGAAGAGCUGGACGGCAGGUCCUAGAUUUAGGAACUGGAACUGGGUUGUGGGCUAUGUCUAUGGCCGAAGAGUAUCCCGAUUCUUUGGUAUUUGGCGUGGACUUUUAUGACUUCCUUCAGCCCCGCGAAAUUCUGAAAACGACGUACUUUUGUGGGCAUGUCAACAUCGAGCAGAAUUGGGAACCACUCUACCACUUUGUUGAUUGGGCUAUUCAAAAACGGAGAACGGAAGGUAACCCCAAGCCUGAAAUCGACAAAACAAACUGGGACUUGAUCUAUGUCCGGAUGAUGAACGGCUCGAUCAAAGACUGGCCGGCUCUUUACAGGAAGAUUUACAAUCAUCUCACUCCUGGCUUCGGCUGCGUCGAACUCGUAGAGAUAGACUGGACCCCGCGGUCGGACGAUGAUACACUGCCUCGGAAUUCGAAUUUCGAGAAAUGGGUCGGCCUGCUUCACAAGGCGAUGGACAGGGCCGGACGGAGUUUGAGAAUCAACCCGAACACAAAGAAUUUACUUCGCGAGGCCGGUUUCGUCGAUGUUGAGGAAAGUACUGUGAAACUUUACCACAAUCCUUGGAACCGCGGCGGACACACUGAGCAAGUCGGGAGGUGGUUUAAUCUUGGACUUACCCACGGUCUCCAGGGUCUAAGUUUAUCUCCUCUAACAAGGAUUCUCAAUAUGCGGGAGAGCGAAGUGAACGAGCUCGUGGGAAAAGUCCGGCAUGAAACAUGUCUUCUCAAGCACCACGGAUAUUGCAAUCUCCAUAUCUGGACUGCUCGGCGACCUGCCGAACCAACAGGCUCGACGAGCCACGCCACCUCAAACCCCACAAGUAGCCAUACCGGCAACAAUGGCCCAAGCAAUAUUCCGAAUGCCACGGCAAGUAGUAGCUCGAGCGGCGCCGGCAAGAAGAGCCAAUAG